GUUUUUCUACCAUUAUCGCCCCCACUAUCUGUCACAGAGGGAGGCCUGACAAAAUGAAAAAAAGAUAGGAAGAUUCGCUUCUGAGGAGAGAGAGAGACAGAGUCAGAGAGAUGUGGAUUGGCUGAUUUCACAGAAAGACUAACAUAAAAAUUAGUAAAUUUGAUUUAGUAGCUCUGCACUAAUUAUUGCAUUCCAUGGAAAGCGAGCAGAGUUCCAGAUAAAGCAGCUUAUAGAGAGAGCGAGCAGAGAAGAAGGGAAGAUAUAUAUAUAUAUAUAUAUACACGGGUGGGUGGGUUUUAUUACUUUCCUUCCCGGUUAUGGUGUUGAGGACGGGUGAGAGAGAUAAUGGCUGCGAGGUCUUGACGGUGUCCUCGCCGUGCUUCCUCUCGUUCAUUCUGUUCCUCUCCUCCGGUGGCUGCGCUGAUGGUAAAGGAUGGAUCCUGUUAGUUGAAGGCAGCGGAGGCGGCGGCACUGGUGGAGGAAGCGGCUUCGGCUUCUGGGCUUCUGCGGCGGCUUCCAAUGUCGGAAUAACCAUCGCUGUGACGGCCAUAGUCGGUCUCGCCUUGACCGGCACCGUCGUCUACUCUCGUAGGGUUGGUCUUAAAUCACCUUGGUCACGCCGGAGAAGAAAACAUGCCCUUGUGCCAAAAUUAUGGAAGAGUUUCUUUACACCAGAUGGGAAGCUCAGUGACGGUGGGGUCAAGUUUCUGAAGAAAGUUCGUGAUGGAGGUGUCGAUCCAAGUCUUAGAACAGAGGUCUGGCCAUUCCUUCUUGGAGUCUAUGACAUUAACAGCUCUCAGAAAGAAAGGGAUUUGGUCAAAAUACGGAAAAGAAAAGAAUAUGAUAACCUGCGGAAGCAUUGCCAGAAAAUUUUAAAAUGCAGUGAGAACAGCUUAAAGCUGAAGGAAACUUCUGGGAACUGCAGCAAUGAGGGCAGUGUGAAUUUUAGUCAGGUUCUAGAUUCUCUUAGCUUAGAAGAGGUGGUCAGUGCCAGUAGGUCCCUUUUUACUGAGGGAGGAAUUCCAUUAGCUGAGGAUGGACCCACUUUCUUUGAUCAUGCCCCCCAGUCCUCUGAUUCAUUUUUGGAAGAAGAUGCGCAUAAGAGUGGACUGACAUUUGAAGAUGUCUCUGCUGGAGAUACAGAGUCCACUGAUUCCGACUCUUGGGAAGAAUCUGAGGACAUGCGACCUCUACUUGCCAACAAAGUAUCUGAAAAGAAUGACCUGGAUGAGCCUGCCAAGGAUAACACAUCUCCCUCUGAUGCAGAAAAUGAGUCUUCCUUGAAUGCUGAAAGUGAGUCCAAAAUCCUCACUGCUGAAGAUUUUGCCAAUUGGCGGAGAAUCAUCCGUCUUGAUGCUCUGAGGGCAAAUGAUGAAUGGUUUAUUUACUCGCCAUCUCAGGCUGCAGUGUCCGAGAUGAAAGCUCACUGGUUAGCAGAGAGUGUUGGUUUGAACGAGUAUGAUCACUUGGAUCCAUCCAGGGUUUUCCAUGCUGCUCGCCUGGUUGCUAUCCUGGAAGCAUAUGCAGUCUAUGAUCCCGAGAUUGGUUACUGCCAAGGUAUGAGUGAUCUACUUGCGCCAAUAAUCACGGUGUUCGAGGAGGACCAUGAAGCCUUCUGGUGCUUUGUGGGUUUCAUGAAAAAAGCUCGGCAUAAUUUCCGGCUUGAUGAGGUUGGAAUCCAACGGCAGCUGAAAAUUGUUUCCAAGAUUAUCAAGGGCAAGGAUAUUCAUCUCUACAGGCACCUGGAAAAGCUUCAAGCUGAGGAUUGCUUCUUUGUGUACAGAAUGGUGGUGGUUCUCUUCCGGAGGGAGUUAAGCUUUGAGCAGACUCUGUGCCUCUGGGAGGUAAUAUGGGCUGAUCAGGCAGCAAUUAGAGCAGGGAUUGCCAAGUCAACAUGGGGGAGAAUACGGCUGAAAGCCCCUCCUAAUGAUGAUUUGUUGCUUUACGCGAUAGCAGCCUGCGUUCUACAAAGGAGGAAGCUCAUAAUAGAGAAGUACAGCGGCAUGGACGAAAUAAUGAAGGAGUGCAAUAGCAUGGCCGGCCAUCUGGAUGUGUGGAAGCUUCUUGAUGGUGCUCAUGAUUUGGUGGUCACCCUCCAUGACAAGAUUUAGGAAAACCUGCUCACGUUUCCUUUUCAUUAUCUCCCACAACCCAACCAACCCCCCCCCCCCCCCCCCCCCCCCAAACAACCAAAAGAUUCCUUUUGAAAAUUAACUUCUAAUUUAAGGUUGAUUCACAAUGCUUGAUACCAGCCUACAGUGAGUAAAUUAUGGGAUGUAUAAUGUAUUUGUCCUCACUAAGGAGGCAUUUGAGAGAUGUUGGCAACGCUGCAGAAUUACUUCUAACUUUGCCCUGAGUUUCUUAACCCUUGGCUAUGGUAUUUAUUGACGUUCUUUCUUUUUGCUUUU